CUCAUCAUAUACAUAAUGCAUAGCACUUCACUCUCCAUUCUCUUCUAAUUUUCAAACCAAUAAAUAACAAAAAUUCAUCCCUCUUCUGGUGCAAGGUAGCCGAUAAUGGGGCGGCGAAAAAUCGAGAUGGAGAUGGUGAAGGACAGCAGCUCCAGGCAGGUCACCUUCUCCAAGCGCCGGACCGGCCUUUUCAAGAAAGGAAACGAGCUUGCUACUUUGUGCGGUGCAGAAGUUGCCAUGGUUGUCUUUUCCCCAGGAGGCAAGCCGUACUCAUUCGGCCAUCCAAGUGUUGAGUCAGUUUCAGACAGAUUUCGAAAUCAGGACCAAAAACCAAUUAAUGGCGACGUCGGUUCUUCAAUGGAUGCAAAGGUGGAUAAGCUUAAUAGGCAACUUAUUGACUUGCUUAAGCAGGUCCAAGCUGAAAAGAAGAGGGGAGAGAUGCUCGAGAAGGCAAUGAAAGCAAAAGGGCAACCAAAAUGUAAAGCGCCGAUCAAAGAGCUCAGCUUGGAGGAGCUUGAAAAGUUGAAGGGAUCACUGGAGGAGCUUCGUGAAAAUGUAAAAGCACGAGUCAGUGAGAUGGAGGCAUCUUCUUCGUUGCUUCUCCUGGCAAAGAAACCUACCAAAGAGGCAGAUAAUUUAGCCAGUAGUUACUAAAAAAGUUUUGAGUGUUGUA